AUGCCUACCCGUUUGUCCAAGACCCGGAAGCACCGCGGCCAUGUGUCCGCCGGUUACGGUCGUGUUGGCAAGCACCGCAAGUCCCCCGGUGGUCGCGGUAUGGCCGGUGGUCAGCACCACCACCGUACCAACAUCGACAAGUUCCACCCUGGUUACUUCGGUAAGGUCGGUAUGCGUUACUUCCACAAGACCCAGCAGAAGUUCUGGAAGCCCACCAUCAACCUCGACAAGCUCUGGACCCUCGUCCCCGCCGAGAAGCGCGACGCCUACCUGAGCGGCGAGAAGACCGACACCGCUCCCGUCAUCGACCUCCUGCCCCUCGGCUACUCCAAGGUCCUCGGCAAGGGCCGUCUCCCCCAGAUCCCCCUCGUCGUCCGUGCCCGCUACUUCAGCCGUGAUGCCGAGCAGAAGAUCAAGGAGGCCGGUGGUGUUGUUGAGCUGGUCGCAUAA